AGGUACCUCCUUCAAUUGUUUAUGGAAGCGGGUUGCCUCGAAUGGUCGUUGUUAAUAUCAAUAUUGCUCAGAGAUGCUAUGGCUGUUUUACGAACUGUGAAUGCUGCGAAACCGCCAGAUCAGUCGAUCGAGUCUGUGUCGAGGCUUCGCCAAGGUUUGCUCAUCUUGAAUUAUUGGACGAAUACUGAAUGCCUAGGAUACAAGGCAUUCAUGCUCGCCAUACAAAAUCAAAUCUCCGUCCUGUCGCGUAUCCUCGAAACGAAGAUCCAACAACAACAAAUCACCGAAUACCAACGAGCCGUUUCGGCGUCGUUGAACGAAGUGGCGUCGCCAGUUCUGAGUCGGUCUCGUAAGACGAGCUCGAAUCAAGACAACGCCAGGAACAGUCAUCCGAUACUCAGAGAAAAGAAAAUACCGAGCGUCGGUGGCAACACGAUGACGGACAAGCUGAACGAGGCCGUCGCAAAUAACGUCACAGACGGCGCUGUCAACGGUCAGCUGGAGAAGAAUGGCGUCGCGGAAGGUUCUGGAUGUGUCAUUGCCUAAGAUCACCUGAUAAUUAUACCCUAGAGCAAACUGACUUCUACUCAAUAUAUUUAAAGAAUUACCAAAAUUUCUCAGCACUUAAAUUUGCCACUAAAUGAAAUUCUCUUAUAAACUGGUGUGUGGAAUCAUCUCUUUUAUCAGCCUGAAAUUUCCUACAAUUCAAAAAGGAAACAUAGGAGAGCGCUGAUACAAAGAAAACUAUUUUUCUGGAAAACUGUGAUAUAUUGUUCUUAUUUGUAAAUUAUCGCGCCGACAACACAUAUCAGGAUGAUUGCAAUGAUGAGCAACAUUCGUUGCCACAUUUAAAUGAAGAUGCGGUGAUGUUUACACAACAAAUAUCACAUGGCAUUUUUCUAGAAUAAUAUUACAUGUAGCAAUUUAUGUCAUCACGUCUAGCGCGUAUAAAGCGUGUCCCAAAAUUAACGCAAGUUUUGAAUUAAAUAGAAAACACAGUUUUAAGUCUUCACAUUAUUUUUUUUGAACCAUAAAAUACUUAGGAUGGGGUUAUGUAUGGAAUAUCACGUCGGGCAAACGACGAUUUUCCAUGACCUUUCUGCAUAAAGGUGGCUGAGUUUCGAGUUGUGGACUUGUUAGCCUUUGACUUUAAAUAACCCCAUAAGAAGAACUCUAAUGGUGUUAAGUCACUCCAUCUAGGAGGCCAAUUCUGACCACCGAAACGGGAAUGUACACGACCAGGAAAUGCCUCAUGUGUCUUGUUGAAACGAUAUACCAAUUUCUGGACCCAUGUUGGCCAUGAAAGCUAAGUUUUUUUAUAAGGAAAUAACAAAAAAGAUGAUUUUGUGACCAGCAAAGGAUGGCUAGAACGUUUUAAAAGUCAUACGGCAUACGUUUAAUGACUAUUACUGGAGAAAAACUUUCUAACCAUGUCACCUGCAUAGAGCCCUUUAAAUUAAGAUUUUUGCAAAAGGUGAACGAUUUAAAUCUUGACCCGUCACAGGUGUACAAUGCAGACGAAUCAGGGCUUUUUUGGCCUGUGAUGCCUAACAAAACUUUCGUUUCUUUUAACGAAAAAUUCGUACCUGGACGAAAAGUAAGUAAAGAGCGUGUAACCAUACUACUAUGUGCUAACGCUGCGGGCACACACGCGCUUAAGAUGAUGGUCAUUGGGAAAUCUAAUAAACCACGGGCUUUCUGAUUUACCUGUACACUAUUACGGACAAAAAAGUGCAUGGAUGACAAAAGACCUUUUCAAAAAGUGGUUUGUUGAAUGCUUCGUACCUGAAGUUAGAAAAUGGUUAAAAGAUCAUAAUUUUCCUCAAAAAGCGUUGUUGCUUCUUGAUAACGCUCCCGGUCAUCCGCCUGAAGAAAAACUAACACCUGAGGAUAAAUGCAUCACUGCGAUGUUUCUUCCGCCAAAUUGCACUGCACUGAUUCAACCAAUGGACCAGAAUAUCAUUUAGUUUGUCAAGCAAGACUAUAAGAAAAACCUACUUCUGAGAGCCGUAUCAAAGGACCAAGCAAUAGAAAAGACUUUAAAAGAAUUUAAUAUGAAAGACUUGGUUUUUGCUAUUUGUCAGUCGUGGAAUGCGUUACCGUCAUCAACUAUUAAAUCAUCUUGGAAAAAGUUAUGGCCAGAUAUAGUCACCACUCCUAGCAACGUUCCACAAAUCAGUGUUACUUCGGAAGUUAUAGAACAAGUCGCUACUGAAACACAGAUAAGUCCGGAAGAUUUGGAAAUCUGGUGCCGUGGAAUGGAUAAAGAGGAAAAUGUUUUUCAUGAAAUGUCUGUCGAAGAGAUUAUAAAAGAGGUUUCUAAUUAUACAACAAACAAUCAGGAAAAUAACGACGACGAGAUUGCAACUGCUCCACAAGUCACAGCACAAGACGCAAUUAACGCCUUUGAGCUAGGUUUACAAUGGGCUGAAGAGAAUGGUACAUCCUACAACGAACUUUUACUUUUGAGAAGACUGAGGGAAAAAGCUCUGAUCUCGCGUUAUAACAACCUUAAACAAAAAAAAAAUGAUGAAUAUUUCCAAGCUUCAUAAUUUGAUAAAUUCAUCAAUGAUUUUGAUUAAUAAUUCUUGAUUAUUUUGGUACAUAUGUAUGUGCAUGUAUGCUUAAUUUAAUAAUAAAACGUAAGCUCUCUAUUGUUAUUUAAUUUACUAAAUUCGACAUACAUAAACUAAGUAUGAUCUGUACUUCAAAGUACAUACAUAUACAUAACAUAUAUAAUCUUACCAUUGGAUAUGUAAUUUGUCGGAUUACAAGGCACCCUUUUGUAAAAAAUUCUGGACUAUAGGGAGUCUUAGGCAGUGCUCUAUAAUCCGACAAAUUCGAUAGUCCGACACUGCCCUGCAUAAUGUUUGUCGGAUUACCGGAGGUCCACUGUAAUGGACACAUCCACAGCAUCCAAUUUCGGCAGAAAGAAGUGUGUUAUCAUGUCGAGAUAUCGAGGACCAGUAACAGUUACCGCUUCACCAGCCUCAUUUUCAAAAAAGUAUGGUCCAAUGAUGGUUCGAGCCCAAAAUCUGCACCAAAUAGUGACACGUUGUGGGCGCAUUCCUUUUUCGACAAUCACACGUGGGUUCUGCGAACGACAAAUACGACAAUUUUGGCGAUUAUCAAAACCAUCUAGGUGAAAAUGUGCUUUAUCGCUUAGGAUGAUUUUACUCGAAAAAUCAGCAUCUACUUGUUGAUGUUCAAUAAUCCAUUCCACGAACUUUCUUCCCUGGUCAUGGUCCUUACGCAUUGUUUUGAUUGACUUUUGUAAGCAUAGAGAUGCAGAUCUUUUGUGAGUAUACGCUGUAGAGAAUUUCUUGAAAUUUGCAGUUCUUGUCCACGACACCGAAUUGACGUUCCUGGGUUUUGACCAACACUCUCAUGCACUCACUCGACAUGGACAUUUGAACGGAUUGUUUUUGGACGACCGGUGUGGUUAGCGUGUCCAACUGAUCCAGUCUCUCUGAAUUUUUCAAUUAAUCCGGCCAUAUUUUGUAUAAAAUUUUCGAACAGCGGACGAUGAACUUUCAUGAUUUUUGAACUAUUAUUCGAUAAUGAAAACUACAUUAUUGCGUCCUAUAACGCUCUACCCUAACAUCUCAGCUGUCAAAUUGCUCUUUUUUCAGGGCUGCCUGCAAUUUACUGCAAACGUGGUGGCAAAUUAAAAUCUUGCGUUAAUUAUGGGAUACCCUUUACUUUUGAAACAGACAAUACAUAAAUUAUAACAAACAUUUUCUUGCCAAGUUGAUAAUUAAAGUUUCUAUUUAUAAUAGUGUUAUUGAACAGGAAAAGCGACGUGACAUUUAACAACACGCUUUAUAUAUGAAUGCAAAUACAGGAGUAAAGACAAAAUAUCUCGUAUUAGUUAAUUUUUGUUGUGAGUUUUACAUUGUCUGUAUGUACCUUCGUAUCAAUAACUUUUCAAUUAUGGGUUGUGCCUCUUACCUAAAUCUCAGACAAAAAGGUAUGAUGUUUCUGUCCAUUAAUGAUAACAUCCGUAUUUUUAAAACGACUAUACCUAAGAACUGAAAACAGCUGUAAUGAGAUAUUUUUGCAAUCGUUAUAGUUUAUUCGAUAAUAUAAAUGAAAAAGAAAGUUAACGCUAAAUCGUAUUAUGUAUGUUAUUGGCCCUAUAUAAUGGUGGCUGUCGCGCAGGUAUUGCACUCCUAUACGGAGGAAAAUACGGCAACAGAUAUUGAGCAAAAUGCCAAGAUUAAAAUUGUGAUAGACCUUGCUACUGCGCAAAAUCGAAAUCACUAAGAUCUUAACGAAGCAGCAAAAUAAGAGCGUUAAAAACUCUCUAAUAACGCUUGCAUUUUCCAUUCAAUUUUAUUUUUCUCCAUAUAGAAGUGUAAUUGCAGCGCUGCAGCAGUCACUGUACUAGGACAAUUAUGUUGUAGUAUUAAUUCAGAAUUCCAGCAUUGUGCUCAUGUAUUUAUUGUUUCUUUCUAUUUAUUAAUCAGAAUGGGUGAUAAGGUUUAUAAACUUUUAUUUGAUAAGUUGUUUUUAUAUAGUAAUAAUGUUGACAUUUUAUACAGUUUGUUGAAAAUUUGUAACCUG